AUGGUUUCUGGCUCUGACGAUGUCCGUGACAUUACGGACGAAAACUCAGCACUGAUUCAUCGGGGUCGUAGGACGCUGGGUCGAGGUCUUCUUCGCACAAUGCAACAAACAAAAUUACAAGGCAACCCUCAUUUGGUAUCUGGUGCGGCCAGUCUACGUAUCCCUUUAACCCGCCUUCUCAAAAACAAACGAAAG